CUUAGCUAAUGCUAGCUAAAGACUUAGCCUACUCUGAAACUGGACUUGAUCCGCAGCAAAAACGUGGACAUGACAGAUUCGGACAGUUAGCCGAAAUAUGAAUGGAGUCCUGUUUGGUGGAAGAUCUCAAGUCCAUCCGAACAGUAUUGGACGUCAUUAUUGAACAACUUUGCACCAGAAAAUUUCCACCAUGAUACCGACCAAAGAAAAAAGAGACAGCCAAGACACAGUCACCCCGUCCGACAUCAUCAACAAACAAAAACCCCUCAAAGAGACGAACCAACCAGCCAGCCAGCCAGCCAGCCAGCCACCAUCUUAACAGGCUGCUGAAAGAGACACACACAGAGAGCAAAGAGGCUAAUGCUUAUUUUGAUCAACAGGUUGUUAAGGUGAUGGUGGAUUCUGACAACCGUGACUGAGAGCCUCAACCAAGAACAAAAAAAAAAAAAAAAAAAAAACACAGGGCAGCAAGAAGGGCAGCCUGCAUAAUACUUUUUACACGGAUCUACAACACACUUGAUCAAACUCAAAACAGUAUAGCCCAGCUGUUAAGCAUAAGAGGAGCGACAGCCCUGGACCAAAAGUAGCUGAUGCUACGUGGAGUUUAAGACCUUCUUAAACAAAAGUCAAAGAAGCUGAGAAAGUGGAGUGUGGAGUUACUUGGACCUGAUAAAGAAAUGGAGGGAUAUUAGUUUGGACCUGGCAUCUGGUUUCUGCUUCCCAUUACAGUGUGGAGUACGGAGGGCCAGUAGCCGAACUGUGCUGCUGGACGGACCGUUGCGGUGCCGGGUUGAAUCGAGCCGCUUUCAACAUAACUGAUGCCAAGGCCAGGAGUCAGCCAUGAUGUUUUUAUAACCUGAUGAACAGCAGAGAGAUGGUGAGGAAGAAGAAUCCCCCUAUCCGGAGUGUCGGAGGUGAGGAGGAGGAGGAAGAAGAGGGGAGGAGGCCAGGAGGAGAAGAGGAAGAGGAGGGAGAGGAAGAGGGGAGAGUAGGAGCAGAGGCCGAACGAAUAAACCGACCCUCUGAGCCAGAGUCCUCCGACCGAGUCAGAGGAGAUGAGGAGCAGGAAGAGGAGGAGGGAGAGAGCGAGUGUGUUUCCUCAUCUGUCUCUCCCUCAUCAGUGGGUGAUCGCUACAGUAAUAAUGAGGAGAGAGGGGGUAGGAGAGGAGGAGGAGGGGGGAGGGCCAAACAAGGGGGAGCGGCGUUGACCGACAGACCCGAGAGCCAGUCGGAGCCUGAGGAUGGGGAGAAGGGGUUAGAGGAAGGAGAGAGGGGCGAUAGAGACAGGGGGGAGGCAGAUCACCUCACUCCUUCUCUCCUCUCCGCUGCCCACCUCCUCCCCAGACAGGAAGGAGGGGAGGAGUCGACAACUGACACCCCUCCACUUUCCUCCAGCCCCUCUCCUAAACUCCAGGACUUCAAGUGCAACGUGUGCGGUUACGGUUACUAUGGCAAUGACCCCGCCGACCUGGUGAAGCACUUUAGGAAGUAUCACCUGGGUCUGCACAACCGCACACGGCAGGACGCUGCCCUCGACACACACAUCCUGGCCCUCCACAACAUGGCCCCCCAGCACACACCUCUAGACAUACAGACAGGACAAGGGCAGAGGAACCAAGCCAAAGAGUUGGGGAAGACAAGGCCAGAUAUACACAAUCAACAGCACAGGGCAGUUAUGGUGAAUGGCACAUAUGACGUACAGGUGACGUUGGGCGGCACGUUAAUUGGGAUUGGCCGGAAGACCUCUGAUUGCCAGGGGAACACUAAGUACUUUCGCUGCAAAUUCUGCAACUUCACGUACAUGGGCAGUAACUCCUUAGAACUUGAACAACACUUCCUGUCUUCGCAUCCAAAUAAAGUCAAAACUCCUCCAACCACGCCCCUGCUGGCCACCAACAACCUGGCAACACACGACAACCAGGCGAAGGGGAGGAGUCAGAUCAUAGACGGGGCGGAGCGAGUGGCAGUGAGGGCGGAAGACGAUUCCUUGGUCGGGUACUCCAUCCCAGUUAGGGCGUGUUCAGAUUCGUCGAGCUGGACAGGGGAGCCGGGUCGAGGCGCUGUGCAGGCAUAUUAUUGGUGUAAAUUCUGUAGCUGGAGUUGUGAGUGGUCAGGGGGCUCGGCAAAGCUUUUAGAGCACUAUGAACAGAGACAUAGAAUGAGCUUGGGAGGUGCCAUGAGCCCCAACAACUCUAAUCCUGGGGUGCUGGACAGAGAGAGGGAGAGAGGAGGGAGAAGAGAAGGAGGAGAAAGAGACCACAUGGCAUCCAAAAGCCGCAAAGAUCUGUCAUCCAACCCGUCCAGCACCAGCCAAGGAGACACAAACAGCAGCGAUCCAGAAGCGGUCGUGACCAGUUAUAACUGUCAGUUGUGUGAUUUCCGGUACUCGAUGGCCCACAGUGCGGAUGUGAUCGUAGUAGCACCGUUACUACUGCACUAUCAGCACAACCACUCCAUCCACCGAUGCUGCAUUCAGCACUGCAUGUAUUGUCCGCAGGGGCUCUGUCAGCCGCACAAACACCUGGGGGAGGUCUCCCACCCCUUCGCUUGUCGGAAGCCCACCUGCCCUAAAUGCUGUUCCAAGUUUCCUCAGUCCACCAAACAGCAGGACACAGUCGGUUCCAAACCUGCCGCCACCACCCCGCCCAGCAUGACCCCUCCUAAUCCCAGAAGUGACUCAGGUGUGAUUUCUGGCUCCACCUUUCACACCUCUAGCCCUGCCCAUCCUGUUGUCACACAAGGCGUCACCCACUUGUGUGACCAGUGCGCGUUUGCCACCACUGACAUCGAUGUGUUGCUACAACACUACGAAAGCUGCCACACCCUGAUCAACCUAAAGGGCGCUCCCCCACAUGUCAAGGCUGAGGAGGAGGUUGCGGUAGACAAGGAAGGCGGCAGAGGAGCGGGAGGAGAGAGGGAGUACUCUUGUACAAAGUGUCACUUCAUCACCGAAGUGGAAGAAGAGAUUUUUAGACACUACAGGCGUGUCCAUGCGUGUUGCCGUUGUCGACGCUGUGACUUCACGGCUCCUGAUUCAUCAGCCCUCCUCGACCAUUUUAACUCUGUCCACUGUCAUGACUCGUCUCCCUCAUUAAGCUCAUUGACAACGACCUCCUUACCCACCUCACUGACACCUUCAUUAACACUGUCAGCCAAUGGCUGCUCAGCUCCCUCUACCUUAGCCAUUAAAGAAGAGAGCAAGGGGGAUCUUCGCCUCCUCUACUCCCUUGCACCGCCUGAGGGACGGUUGGCAGAGGGAGGCAGAGAAGAGGCAGGAGGGGUGGUAAAAAGUGAGGGAGGCGAGGAGAAAGAAAGAGAGCGGGAGAAAGGCUGGGUUCUUGGGGAGACAAGAGGAAUCGGUGAAAGAGGAGGCGAGCAGGCCCACGGUUUACUCUGGGUGCCCAAGGAGCGAAUGGGACCCGAAAGAGGAGUAGAAAGAGGAGCAGGAGGUGGAAGCCCCUCACUUUUCCCCUCCCCACUCCCACUGUCUUUUGUUUCAGCCAAUCAUGAGGCCUCACAGCAGAAAAGGGGCGUCGCCUCGCCUAGCAUGGUUUACCUGGGAGACACCAAGUCAUUUUUGGGAGAUACCAAGUCAUUUUUGGGAGACGCAAAGCUGUACGGAGGAGGAAGGCCAGGAGGAGCCGCUGCAGGUGGAGGUGGAGGGGAGAAGCAGAACCAGAUGCCCCCUCAGCAGUACACAGGAGGAGGGAGUGGAGGAGGGAGUGGAGGUGGUGGAGGACAGGAGGGGAAAGGAGGAGCUGCUAAAGAGGAGUCCCAGUCCCUGCUACGGCGGCGCAGAGGUAGCGGGGUCUUCUGUGCAAACUGUCUGACCACCAAGACAUCACUGUGGAGGAAGAAUGCUAACGGAGGCUACGUCUGCAACGCAUGUGGUUUAUACCAAAAACUACAUUCGACACCGAGACCUCUAAACAUCAUAAAGCAGAACAACGGUGAGCAAAUUAUCCGGCGCCGAACCCGAAAACGCCUCAACCCCGAUUCCCUGACGUCCGAAAACCCUGCCCCCAAGCAGCAACGAAUCACCAGUGAGGAGCGCAUGAAUGGGGAGGAGUCAGACCGAAGCUGUGCAUCAAUCAAAAACCAGCAGCCGUCCCCUCGCUCACGUUCGCCCCGAUCCACUCAAGCCUUUUUAGCCAAUCAAACAUUGGAGAUCCACAGACGCAUGCCUCCUCUUCUCCUCCCCUCACAUCCCCCCUCCUCGCUAGUAGCUGAGGGCAACGGGGGCAUCGCAGAGGGAGGGAUAACAUCAAAGGUGGAGGGGGGUAAAGGAGGAGGGGGAUCAGAGAGAGGCAGUCCGAUUGAAAAAUACAUGCGUCCAUCCAAACCGUCUAGUUAUUCGCCUCCUGGUUCACCCAUUGAAAAAUAUCAGUAUCCUCUUUUCUCCUUACCCUUACCAUUAACCCUCUCGCCUGAUUUGACCCCUGAGUCGGAUUGGCUCAGAUUCUGGACCAAGUACAAGAUGGCAGCCACCUCUGGGGUUCCUGGUAGCAUCAGUAAUCUAAGCAGCCCCGGUAGCCUUGGAAAUAACACUCAUUAUCUCGGUGCAAUGGUGACCCCAGUACAGCAUCAUCAGCAAAGCUACACGGUGCCUUACUGCGCCUCCCCCUAUUCUCCUCUUCCGCCGCCUCCAGCUCCUCCUCACUAUCCUCCUCCUCCUCUUCAUCCACAAACCUCCUCCUCAUCGUCAUCGUUAGAAAAUGAGGCUCCUUUGGAUCUUGCAAUAAGACAACGAGAUACAAGUGCUGCAAAUGCACACAUUUCAACAAAUGGUGCUGAGAGGAGAAGGCAGGAGUCGCCUCUAGCUGAGAGGUUGAGAGAGAACUGGAAAGGAGAGAAAGAUGAGGAGGAGAGGACUGAUGAAGGAGCGAACCAGAAAGAGGAGAUAGGAAAGGAAGAGAAGGAUCAUUUGACAAAAAGUCGGUCGAGUGUUUCAUCGAAUCGCACAAUGGUGGAAGUGGCCACACAGGAUGACCUGACCAAUCGAUGCAUCCACUGUGGGAUCUACUUCCUAGACGAGGUCAUGUAUGCCCUGCACAUGAGUUGCCACGGCGACCAGGGACCAUACCAAUGCAGUUUUUGCCUGCAUGUGUGUGUGGAUCGCUAUGAUUUCACCACGCACAUACAGAGGGGCUUACACAGGUACACAGACAAGACGUCACAACAGAAGGGUCACACGCAAGACGGCAAAAUUCAGAGCAGCCCUGUGAUGUCGGAGCGCGACUCUCGAAGCGCGACUCCAGAGGAAAACAAAGAUGGAGGUGAUCAAAUUGAGAUCACACAUGGAAGUGAUGAUGUCGUAGGAGUGUGUCAUGAUGAUCGAGCAGAAGAAAUUACAGGCAAUGAAGCCAACGAUGAUGAAACGGGAGCUGAAAAGGAGGUAAGAGUAGAGAGUCAUGACAAAACAAACCAGGAAUCAGGAGGCGAAACGGUGUCAGACAGUAGCGCUGACAUGUCAGAAACCAUGGAGGUCACAACUGUUGCUGAGACUAAACAUGUAGAUGAGAACGCAGAGAGUAAUUAAUCUGAUGCCUUUGACUGACACAAACCUUUAAGAACGCCUUUCAUUGGAUGAAUAAGCUGUAUGCCUUCAUGUUCCUGGAGGCUAGCUCAUGUCAAAAUGGGCCGAUCCUGGGCACUAAAUGGAACACAUCCUUAUGCUGGAAGCACUCGGCUGUCAAAUGGUCAAAAAUCAUUGUAGGAUCCCGCUGAACUGCUGCAGGGACAGUUUGGAGAAAUAGCCUGAAUCCUCUGUUGAGUGACGGCCACUUGACAGCUCUGUGGCAAGUAUUCAACAACGGAGUCCGGGCAUGCAGCUGAAAUCACCUUUAACAAACAGCCACUUAUGUGCUUUCCAUAUAAGAGGAUUGGAAGCUCGACUGAGAGUUGGACUGGUCUCAUUUAGGAUGAGUUUGAGGAGCUCAGCACUUGCACAGCCACCGUACAGCAGAGCAAAAAAUUAAAAAAAAAAAAAAAAAAAAAACAUGCUAGAAGCAAAACACUUAAUUUGAACUGAACUAAGCUGAUCUGUUAUGCACCAUGCUAAACUGAACCCCGAGCUGACCCAAACUAGUCUGAAGCAUCAUUCAGACUGUUUUAUCUUGGUACAACCAGAUCUGAUCUGGUAAGAAUGACUUUGUUCUGAGAGUUUUUAACUGUUUUCCCGCUGUGCAAAUGGACCCAAAACCAAAAGUUAUUUUGAAGAAGGGGGAGUCCAGAGUUAAACCAGUUUGUUCUGUGCUGCAGUUCAGCUGGUGUUACAUUGGUACAAAAGGAUCAGUUGGUUUCUUUCACUCGUGCCCUGUUGUUACUGAAACUGACUGUGUUCUUGGAUCGAUGCAAAAUCACCACAGCUGCAAAGUGGUGCAAAAUGGGAGACUGAAUGUGUCUGAUUUGACCGUGACUUUUUAAGACUGCUUAAAGCCAGUUUCAACUGGUAAAACCGGUGUCAUACCGGACCGAAGUGUUCUCUUCAUCCAUUUGGAUCGAACCAAGUGACAUUAUUUUCUACCUUCCUCCGUGCCAUGAUACUAGCUACGUGCCUGGCUGCCUGCCUAAUAGAACAACCAUCUAUUAACCUGCUUAACAUUUAUAUUAAUAAUAAUAAUGGUAAUAAUAAUAAUGAUGAUGUUAUAGUUCAAAACAUGCAAUUUGCUACACUUUCCUAUAUAAUAUCUUAUUUUGUAAAGGCAAAUAAUGCUUUUUUGCAGGAUAUGGUACUAUUAAAAAUUAGUCUAUUUGCGAUUUUUUUUUUUUUUUUUCUCCCUUGUUUUUGAGCUAUUUGUUGUUUGGUUUCUUAAGGAGACUUGUUACAUUGAUAACAGCCGUCUAACAGAAAUGGUACAGUAAAAGAGGGGGUUGUGUGUAUGUGUGCAUUUGUGUAAUUGCGUUUCUGUGUGUGAGGAUCAAAGGAUGUGUCCGUCCCCAAACGAUGAUGUAAACAUAAUGAAGGCUCGCGCUUGGUUUUUCAGUCCUCAGGGGUCACACAUGUUGCACACCAACCCACCUGUUUCAUAGCAUGUGACACAUCAUUUUUACAUGUUUAAAUGGUUUUAGCAUGUUCUCUUAUAUAUGUUCUUAUCAUGUUCUUUAUGUGUUAUUAGAUCAACAUGGUCUUAGUAUGUAACUUUUUUUUUUUCUGUAUGUCUUUUAAAUGUUGUUAGGUUACAUGGUUUUAUAGAGAGACUUUGGAACUUAGGGAAAAAAACCCUAAAUUUUAUCAAAAUGAUCAAUUAUUUGGGUUAACUGUAUAAACUCCUGCUCUGUAUUGUGUGUACAGAGCCUCCUGCCUACAGUGUUUUAUUCAGCUGAUAUCAUAUUGCUGAGAAUUUGGUAGGUUACCUCUAUGUAGCAUGUUAGCGUCUUAUAAAAAUCUGCAAAAUAAGUUGCCUUUUCUAGGGAUGGGAACUGUUACUUGUUAGACCUAAAUUAUACUGAAGAAAUCACAAGAUUGUAAAGUUACAUUUUAUAAUUCAUUGAAGUAAAAUGAUCAUGUUUGUAUUCAACUCCAACCAACCCAUCACACUGAUUUGCUAUUUAUGACCCACUUCAAGUCCAUCUUCUAAACAAGGUUUCCACAACUGAGCUUCGCUUUAAAUUAAAUUUUGCAUUCUUAUAGUUUACUUUUGUCAUUGAGAGAGUUGUGACCAUCAGUUCCUUGAAGUAACACGGUGGCCAUCUUGUUUAUUUUUAUAAAGAAAGAAUGACUUCUCCAGCCUUGCUGCCUUAGUUGCGAGAAAACAAACAAACAAAAAAAAUCACCAAGAGACUCCUUUGAAAGAAAUAAUAAAAGGCUGAAUGAAAAUGAAAGACAAGAAGUAACAAGCUAAAGAGUGAGAAAAAUAUUUUUCUAUGCUUAUCCAAAAGACAUGAAUGAAAAAUAUUCCGCCUAGUGCCUGGUAACUUGUACAGUUUUUCUUAAUAGGUUCGUCUGUCUGUCUGUCAAAGAGUUAUGAGUCAUGUCACGCAGAAGCUGGACAAACAAGCUGCCAGCUUGGUUCCCACGCACCAAGUUAUCAGAGUCAUCGAUUAUAUUUCAUUUCAGCCUAGCUGUCCGAUUGGUUUAGGUACCUGUUCAAACGGUCAUGUGUGCAUUUUCAGCCCGAGAGAAAGACCCUUGUGUGCUUUAAAAAAAUGUUGGUCACUAGUCACCUAUCUUUCAUUUUCACAUGUACUGUAUGUACACUACUUUGUAGAGAUGUUGAGACUUAUGCCUUGGUUACUUGUUUGGAAAUUGAAGAUGAAUUAUGGCAUGCAGUCAUACCAACAGUGUGCCUGUAUCAUUCUAUAGUGUUAUUAUUACUACGGAGGAGUUUAUUAUUAACACAUUUCAUCAGUUUUUAGGCGCUUAACUUUUGUCAACAAAAGAUCAAAUAUCAUUAUUUUUGAAACCAACAGUGAGAUGAGAUUUCUUUCUUGCAGAAAUUUGAACACAUCAGUGUAACAAAGUAUAAAAUCAGAUAAAUUCUCUAGUCUGCUAAGAACUCAGUGGAGCAGUCAGUGUGUUGCGGGGUGCUGGUUGCAGGUUAAUACCUCUGGUGCUUAAGCCUUGAAUCCAUCUUACAUAUAUAUACUCUGUAAUUGGAGGCAGUAGAGAUUUUUCAGUCUUUGGAAUAAUUGAUAUGAUGUACAGUAUAUAAACAAAGCGUCUCAGUUUUUGUUCAUAUGCUCAAGGUAUAUUGCAUUUGUGUCGUACCUUAACAGCAAAAAAAAAAAAAGAUAAGAAAAGUCGCAUGAAAACGCUAAGAAACCUGCAAACUGUUGGUGCAACAUAUUUCCAUUGGCGUUGGAAGUCUGGCUCAGACAUCUCACUGCUGCUGUAUCAAUGAGGAGAAACCAGUCUAUUAAGCAAGUCUGCCAUCCUUGUAUCUGACAUGCAACCCACUCUGGUGUCAAAAGAGUUUACCUAAUACCUUUAUUAUGUAUAGCUUCAUUAUCACCCCUGUAAGUGAAGGUGUCCUAACUCCAUUAGUUACAUGGUUUAGAAGUGCUUUUAUCCUGAAGUUUGCCCUUUAGUGGGUGAAAGGUCCUAUCAUUCGAGGACUGAUGAGGCAGAUUCAAAGAACAAAAUGUUAAAAAAAAAAAAGAAAUCUGUUUCAUCAGUUUUUAUUCAAAAAAUGAAAAGCUGGUUUGAAUUGUUUUUAUUCUAGUUUCUAGUUUUUAAAAUGUACUUAUUUUACUUAAGGGGCUACUAGCAUAAUACAAACUGUUUACAUUUGCAAAUGUAGCAAAAAAAAAAAAGAAAGGAAUGAAGCAUUGCUUUCCUAAAAGACAGAACAAAGGGAAGGAUGGAGGGAUACCUGCUGAGAUGGAUGGAUGAGUGCCUAUGAGGAAUGAAUGGAGUGAAGGUGGAUAAUUAGAGGGAGGGUGGGAUCAAAUUAAACUUGCAGUGUCUGAUGAAAAGAGGUUUAACUGAAUUAUCCAUUCAUCCCCUCUCUUCUGUUUAGCUUCUCUUUACCUCCUUUCAACAUGGCUUUUAUCUUUCUCAUCUAUCGUCUAUCAUUUGACACAUCCCUCCCUGUCUUUUUUUUUCUCUCUCCACCUGUUCUGCUAUCCUCUGCUGCUCAUCUCUCAUGUAUUCCUCCACCUUCCUCCCUCCCUUCUUUAUAGAUGGAAGUAAUCAUGAAGGUAUUCUCAACCGGUAGUGGGGAUUCGAAUGGAGGUAGAUGAAUGGGUUAUACCGUGUGAUUUAUUAACUGACAGGCACCUAUCUGCUUAUGUUGACUUGGUUUAGGUUGACUUUCUCUCCUACUUGAAUGGGCUUUGGGUUUGUGGAAAGGAAUUGUUACCAGCAGCAAAACUGUCGCUGAAUUGGGUUCAUCCCUUUUCAAACGGGAAUGAGAUUUGUUAAGAAUUCAACAUUGAUUCUCAAUCUUUUUGAAGAAGUUCUUUGGUAAUGGUUUUCAAGGUUUUCACUGGAUUUCCAAGAAACAGUAGGGGGACGAUAUGUGUGUGGUGGUGGGGGUGGGGGGGUGGACUACUUUUGCCUUUUUGUGUUGAGUCUGGUGUUACAUCUACAAGGAUUUCUCAGUGGGAUGGAGACAAAUUCUGUUGCCAAAAUGUUUGAAUGGUUUUGAAAGCUUUUGGAAGAAAAUCCUCUCUGUGUAUCUACUAAGUUGAGAGAGAGAGAAAAAAAAAAAAAGAACAGAGCCUUGAUGGUGAAAACUUUUGUUCACGCACACUUUACACAUUGUAAGUGCUCUGCAGAACCUGUGUCCUAUCCAAAUAUCUUCUUUUGUGUACGUGCCAGCUGAACGUCGUCUCCCGUGAGUCAUGUAAGGAUACCGUAUAUCUACAGCAUAGAUGUUAACGCUGACAGGAACGAUGGGAGAGCCUUUCACUUGUCACUUAUGGUUCAAAACAGGCAAUUUUGGUAAGAAAAAAGGUUCCGCAGCACACAUAUGACAUGACCUUAUUUUACUUCAAUAUUGAAUUGUAUGUUUUAGGUUUGAUGGCAUUUCACAUCAGCGUUUACAUUGGGGGGCCUUAACAAGUGUUUUAGUUUUUGUCUGUGUCAGAAUGUGUUAUAGAAAAUGAUGCUGUUGCUUGCACUCCGUUUAUUAUGUUCUUAUUGCCAAGGAAGGGACAACACACACACACACACACACACACACACACACACACACACACACACACACACACACACAUACAUACAUACAGACAGUGGUACGGAUUGAGUGUACAUUUUGGGGAUGUACAGUAUUAACCAUGGGAGAAAAGGGAGCUAGAAGGCCAGUUUAUCAUUGGUCAGAGAAACACACAUGUAUGCACACACACACACACACCCACACACACACACACAUCAAACUAUGUACAUUUAACCAAUAUAUUUUAGUAGAAUUUUGUCUCUAUUCAGUUGAAUGGCUUUUAUAUAGAAAAGAUGGGAUUUUUUUAGGUUAUUUUCUCUUUCAUGUUGUAUUUUAUUCUGCUACUUUUCUGUACGUUAUUGUUUUUAGGUUUUAUUUCAUGCAAAAAUGAUAUUUCAACAACAUAUUUUGACAGCCAAGAAAAGUUUGUUACACAGCUAAACUUGAAGAAUAAUGUUGAUGAUGAUGAUGAUGACGAUGAUAAUAAUUAAUAAAAGUAAUAACAAACA